CGGUGACGGUUAUGGUCUGCCUGCCUCUGAGGAAUCUGUUUAUUUAAUUUUAAUUUAUUGUAUUGCAGCUAUCACUUGUCUGCGUCGUCACUCACUCACAUUGACAUCUCUGAGCACCUACGAGAUCGGGAGUAGGAGCCAGCAGGAGGCAUUUGGAAAAUGGGGGAGCGUCGUAGAGGAUGCUGUCCGCCGAUGGAUCUGAUGCGGUCGGAGCCGAUGCAACUCGUCCAACUCAUUAUCCCCAUCGAAUCCGCUCACCGCGCCGUGUCGUACCUCGGUGAUCUUGGCCUUAUCCAAUUCAAAGACCUGAAUGCAGAAAAAAGCCCAUUCCAACAAACAUAUGCUAGCCAGAUUAAAAGAUGUGGAGAAAUGGCAAGAAAGUUGAGAUAUUUUCGGGACCAAAUGAUCAAGGGAGGAGCGAUACUGCCAGCAGAAUCAGAACCACAAGCUUACAUCAGUUUCGAUGACCUCGAGGUUAAACUUGCGGACCUUGAAGCAGAGUUAGCUGAAAUGAAUGCAAAUGAUGAAAAGUUACAAAGCUCCUACAAUGAACUAGCUGAAUACAAGCUUGUUCUCCAAAAGGCUGGGGAAUUUUUCCAUUCUGCCCUGACCAGUGCAGAGGCCAGACAAAGGGAAUGUGCAUCAAAUCGAAGUGGUAGAGAGUCCUUGGAAACUCCCUUCUUGUCUGAACAGGAAAUGGUCACUGAUUCAUCAAAGCAAGUUAAGCUGGGAUUCAUAACAGGACUUGUUCCCAAGGACAAGUCUAUGGCAUUUGAAAGAAUUAUGUUCCGGGCUACCAGGGGUAAUGUGUUCCUAAAACAGGCUGCUGUGGAUGAGCCUAUCAUUGAUCCUGUAUCAGGAGAGAAGGUAGUGAUUUAUCCUCAAUUAUACAUGUUCGCAGAAGUUUGUUAAGUUAACAAAUUGAAAUCACAUGUUUGUGAAAGCAGAUCAGGUAGUCGUGAACACAUUUUCCUAUUCACGCUGGUUAAAAUCUCUAGUUUCAGCAU